AUGAGAACGACAAUUGAUCAAUUAUAUCCAGAUAUCUGGCAGCAAGUAUUUGAAUAUUUUAAUGCUCUCGAAUUAUGUUUUAGUCUCAUGCACAUAACAAAGCAGGCUGAUGACGUGUUAUUCAAUAUAAAUCAUCGCUUUUGUUCACGUGGACUUGUUCUUGAUACGCAUGUUCGAAUUCUUCCAGAACAACUUUUGCUUCAUCGAGUCAUCUCUCUCGAACUGCAUCAAAACAACCAGCUUGACAACAUUCAACAAUGUUUAGAACUUCGUUCGUUAAAACUUAUCGGUCAUUCAGAGUGGAUCAUUUCUAUCCUCCGAAAAAUUUCACAAGUUAAUUCAAGCCUUGAGCAACUAACUUUAGUGGUACCAGGCAUUGGUUUGUUGUACAACUUAUUCGCAUCUAUUGCACCAUUAUUAUCAUUACGUCGACUAGAAAUUUAUGGAGAUCAAUUGGAAGAAAGAAUAAUAAAUGGUACUUCAUUCUUGAAACAAACAAAAAUCGAAUACUUUAUUUUGCAUUCAUGCUCACCAAUGAGCUGGAAUGAUUUAUCAUCCAUGUUACCUGCAUCAACAGCAACAGAUUAUGAGGAACAAAUUUCUGCUACUGUAGCAACAAUUUGUGCAGAUGAGAUAUUGGUAUCACCGCUACGACUAUUAUGGCCAAACGAAUUCGAUGAACUCAAACACACUAUAGAUACUAUAGCCCAGCAAUACCUGAAACAAGCUAGCAAAAGUGUUCAGCAUUUAAUUCCUCUCAGCAGUCUCGGCGACGGCAACUGUUUGUUCAAUUCGGUUGUGUCUCUUGUACCUGACUCUGGAGUAUCUGCUGUUGAAUUGAGAGUACGAACAAUAAUUGAGUUGGUCAAAAAUAGAACGUACUAUGAUAAUCAAUUUAGCCAUUUAGUUGGUCCUUUUAAUGAAGCAAUUCGAAGAACAUGCAAUAAUUAUAGUUUUUCCGAACUCUAUGAAGUUGUCGCACUUGACAAUGCAUUACGGUGCGAGGUACAAAGCGUUUAUCCAUAUAUCGAUUAUCGUGUUGAAAUGAAGAUAAUGAAUGCAGUGUACACACCACUGGACACAUCUGUUUCAAAUAAUGGAAGAUUAAUUAUCUUUUGGACUAACAGUGAAGAUGAAGUUACAACAAAAUGUCGUCCUGGUAGUGGUGGUGUCUGGAGUCCGAAUCACUUCGUGCCACUCAUACGACCUUGUGAGACGCCAGAGAGCCCACGAAAGACAACGAUUAAGAACAACAAAGUAGCAUCUAUCAGAAGUCCCGAAUUUUCACCGCCUCCUAAUGCUAGAAAGCAUAGAACUUCAUUUUCAUUAAUUGAGGAGUCAUUAUCAAAUCUGGAAACUAACGAUGCUCGACGAAAGCGUCAAGAGAGAAGUAUCACAAAUGAACAGCAGCGAGAAGAGCGUCUUACUGCUGAUAGACUACGCAAACCUAAUGCUCGAGAGAAUCAAAGUGAAGAUCAACGACAGCUGCGUCUUGCCACUGAUCGGCUAUCGAAACGUAUCGCUAAAGAAAACGAAAGCGAAGAUCAAAAACAAAAACGUCUUGCCGCCAAUCGACUAUCGAAAAGUACUGCUCGAGAGAAUGAAAGUGAAAAUGAGCUAAGGCUACGCCUCUCUAACCAACAGAAACGAUCUGCUAGAAAAAAAUUAUGUAGAAGUGCAUAA